AUACCAAUGGAAACGUGCGAGCACUGAACAGCAUCUAGGAGCCAGUGCGCUUGCCAAUCAAUUGGUACAGUGAAACAGAACAAGACUGCAAUAGCGUGGAGAUCAGGCGUGGAGAUCUCUCUCUUCUUUCUGGAUGUGGGGAGCCCUGGACAAUGUCGUACCCACAGUUUGGAUACCCCUACACAUCUGCACCUCAGUUUCUGAUGACCACCAACCCGCUGAGUGCGUGCUGUGAAUCCAGCGGCAGGACGCUGGCGGAUUCCGGGGCAGCGGCUUCGGCUCAGACCCCCGUGUAUUGUCCCGUGUAUGAGAGCAGACUGUUGGCCACGGCCAGACACGAGCUAAACUCGGCAGCCGCGCUGGGGGUGUACGGGAGCCCCUACACCACCAGCCAGGGAUAUGGCAACUAUGUCACCUAUGGGACAGACCCCUCCGCUUUCUAUUCCCUGAGUCCUUUUGACACCAAGGAUGGGACAGGAUCUGCGCAUGCGGGGAUCGCCCAGGCAGCUGCCUAUUACCCAUACGAUCCCACCUUGGGACAGUAUCAGUAUGACAGAUAUGGUGCUGUGGACCCAGGAACCAGGCGCAAAAAUGCAACCCGAGAAACGACCAGCACCCUGAAAGCUUGGCUGCAAGAGCACAGGAAGAACCCUUACCCCACCAAAGGGGAGAAGAUCAUGCUGGCCAUCAUCACCAAGAUGACCCUGACCCAGGUCUCCACCUGGUUCGCCAACGCCAGGAGAAGGCUCAAGAAGGAGAACAAGAUGACCUGGUCCCCCAGAAAUAAAUGCACCGAUGACAAGAAAUCCUACCGCGAUAACGAGGAGGAACAUCGGAAUGACAAAGACGACGAUAAAGAUGAGGAUGAUGCCAGAUGUAAAGAGGACAAGGAGGAGCUGCAGCUGAGUGACCUGGAUGACUUUGAUGGGAUCGAGACAGAAAGCGAUGAGUGUGAGUUGAAGGGCCCAUUUCAGCAACUGGACAACAAUCAGCUCAGGGUUGCAGAAUGUCAGCCCGACCAUUGCAAGAAGGUUUCUUUAAAGAUAACCCUGCCAACACCAGGAGAUCGAGAUUCGGAGAAGGUCAAGGACUGUCUCAAACGAGUGAUGACUAACUCCGAGCAAGACCUAAUGGUAGGAGGACAGAGAGGGUGUGAAACCAAGCUUUGCUUCCAACAGCAGCAUAGCCAGCAGAUGCUGGACAACAAGCCUCGGAUCUGGUCCCUCGCUCAAACCGCUACCUCCUUGAGCCAAACUGAAUAUCCAUCUUGCAUGCUGAAACGGCAGCAGCAGGCUGUCUCCUCCUCUCCCCCUUUGAUCUCCAUGCCUACCAGUGUGGUGGACAGACACGAUUCCCCAGUGACCACCCUAAGGAAUUGGGUGGAUGGGGUAUUCCAUGACCCUCUAUUCAGGCACAGCACUUUGAACCAGGCAUUUACCAACACCACCGUUUCCUGGGCUACCACCAAAAGUGGUAUGUUGGAUACAGAGGCAAUGGGACGCUCGUUGGUAACCCCUACAAAUAUGAUCAAAGGACAAAUCCCGGGUUUACCCCAGCAAGAAACCAACAAGGACCUCUCAGCAUUUCCUAAAACAGGAAACAAAAUGUUUUGUUCGUAACAAGACAAAUGCUGCAAACUUUUUCUUUCUGGAGCCUUUUGAUGCACAAUGAAGAGGCGCAAGGAUCUGAAUUUUAACUUGAGGCAUUCUAUUCACAAGCUCAGCCUGUCUUUUAUUAGACUUUAUACAUUUCGUCACUGUUUUAAGCUUUCACAAGACAACUGAAAUGAUCUCAAGAGCUCUUUAACUGAAUAGUGUUGUGUAAUUUAUUCAAAUCCAUGUUGGAACGCACGUCUGAACUUAUACUGUAGAACAAAGCAGUAAAGUUUACAUCUCAAAGUUUACAGAAAUGGGUAUCUUAGAUUUGGAAUUCGAAAUCUGCUUAAAAGCAUGCAAAUGUAAUUCUCUCCCAAACUCCAUUUUUUAAAUGUGUGUCUUACCAUCCAGCUCUGCAACGAGUCACAAGCAACACUUGUUUAAAAAAAAAGUUUACACCAUUGCACAAGUCUUUGGCUUUAAAAGAUACGAGAGUAUAUGUUAAACAUAUGUGCACUGAAAUAAACGUGCUGUUUUAGAGGUAAUUAACGAGUGUCGUAUUUAUCGGUAGUUGGAACUGAUUUAAAAUUAGGUUAAAGCGAUAUAAUUUCAGUUUUACAUCUUGAAAAUAUAUUAUACAUGAACCUUUGCACAACCCAUUUUGUUCGCUUUAUUUCUUCCAGAUACUGUGCA